AUGAUCACCUCAAUCCAAGUCGACGACGACAAUGACAACGGAACGCAUCCACCGAACAAAACAACAUGGCUCACCGCCAUCCAAGUAUUCCUACGCUGGGCCGUCACCCCGCUGGGCUUCUGCAUCACCAUCUACGGCCUGAACGUGGUCGCCUGGGGUGGCAUGCUCUUCCUGCUGCUGUGCAAUGCGGCGCCGGCGAUGUGCCACCCCAGCUGCGACGCCCCGUACUCGGCGCGCCGCAUCUGGAUCGAGAUCGACUCACAGAUCCUCAACGCCCUCUUCUGCGUCACCGGGUUUGGCCUGGCGCCCUGGCGGAUUUGGGAUCUGUACCUGUGGUGUCUGUGGCGUCUCGGUCGCUCGUCGCGCACUCGUCAAGGGGGACUGGCCCGGCUUGCGGAGAUCCAUGGCAAGUGGUUUUGUGGGUCGGCGGUCCCCGUAUAUGAAGACGAGGAGAAGGCGACUGCGGGGGCGGCGGCCCCAGCAGCAGCUGCUGCUGCUGCAACAGAAGCUCACUGCACCCCCACCCCGCUGUGGAAAAUGGAUGUGGUGGUCUGGGGUAACUUCCUCAACUCCGUCUUUCAGGUCUGUCUGGCCGUGUGCAUGUGGGCGAUGGACCGGUUCCAUCGGCCUAGUUGGACGACGGGCCUGUUCGUGGGCCUGGCUUGUUCGGUUGCCGCGGGCGCGGGGGUUGUUAUGUGGUUGGAGAAGAAGCGCAUCCAUAAGGCUAGCGAGCACCCUGGGGCGCUGUUGUUGGUGCCCCCAAGUGCCGGCGCUGCCAGCCCCGGGAAUGGUUAUAUGCAUCUGGAUCGGGGAGCGUUGUCAUCUUGA